UCAUUGUACCUCCUUCUCUCUUCUCUUCUUUUCUUCUCCAUAACCCUUCAUUAUCCAUUGAAACAGAAACAAGACUUUCUGAUAUCUAUACACCAUUGAAAUGUCUGAGGUGAUUAAUGAUUCCACCAUAAAGCUUUUUGGGAGGACAAUUUUUCUAACACACAACACUGAUGUCUCUGCCAAUGAUUCUUCUUCAAAAUUUGAUCCUUCUCUUUCUCAUGAAGAUUUCUCUGAUCACAGUCCUCAUUCAUCUUUAUCUUCAACUUCUCCACUUGAAGAGAAUUCUCCUAUGGAACAUGGAGCAAAUAGAUAUAAGGAAACAUCAAUGAAAGAAGUCACCUCAGUGGAAGAUGAAGAGGCCUCACAACCAACAACAUCUUCAAGCCUUAUUGAAAACCCCAAAACCCCCUCAUCAGAAACAGAAACUUCUCAGCUGAAUUCAACUAAAAUUGAUGAAAUAUCGAAAGUCCAAGCUCCAAAGAAACCAGACAUAAUUGUUCCAUGUCCAAGAUGCAAAAGUACGGACACAAAGUUUUGCUACUACAACAACUACAACGUCAAACAGCCCCGGCACUUUUGCAAGAACUGUCAGAGAUAUUGGACUUCUGGAGGAACCACUAGAAAGAUGCUUGUAGGCGCGGGUCGCCGCAAGAAUAAAAUCUCUCCGGUUUCUUCGGAUGUAUCGCAUUAUCGUCAAAUGAAUACUGUCUUUACCUUUGGAUCAGAUUCUCCUAAUAUGUCUUCAACUCCACAUGACAAGAAAAUGAAUAUUGACUCACAUGAAGAAACAGUUGAUAAGAGUUAUCAAAGUUUUCCUCCACAGUUUCCAUGGAACCCUGCAAUGUGUUAUCCUGUGUCAUUUUAUCCCAAUAUAGUACACUAUGGUGGUUUCUUGCAACCAAUAUGGAAUGAACAAUCUAUCCCAACACAAUCUUGUGCCCCAAGUAAACCUGUAUUAGGGAAACAUUCAAGAGAUGGGGACAUGAUCAAUCAUUCCAACUCAGAGAAAGAAAAGCUUGGAUUAGAAAGCAACAACCAAGAAAGGAAUGAUAGUGUGUUGAUUCCUAAGACAAUGAUAAUUGAUGACACGAAUGAAGUUGCGAAGAGUUCUGUAUGGUCAAUAAUAGGAAUCAAGAAUGGGAGAGGACUUUUCAAGGGAUUUGCGUCUAAGGGCGAUGAUAAGAGUGAUCAUAUUGUCGAAGUAUCCUCAUCAGUAUUGAAAGCUAACCCUGCAGCUUCAUCAAGGUCUCUUAUGUUCCAUGAGAGGGUUUGAUUGGCAAUAAGUAGCACCGAUACCUUUGAUGGAAGGCGUGUACUAAACGUGGCAGUUUUCGCGUCUGAGUAUUUGUAAAUUGUAAAUCAUAGUUGAAAAUAUUCAUUAGAUCCCAAAAUGUUUAAGAGAUAGAUCAUAGGCCAGUUCAAUCACAUUCUGCUAAGGUGCUUUUGAUUUUUGUUAGAAAUUGAUGACUUUGUUGAGUAAAUACCUUUGUAUGUACAUAUUAUAUAUAUGAGAGAGGAUAAUUAAAGAAAGGAAAUGAGAUUCUUGAA